GAUGAAUGCUGGAUCUACAGGGGAUCUGUGCUUUACUGUCAAUUUCACCUCUGAUUUGUUUUUCAAGGAAAUAUGGUGAGCAAAGACGACACCAAAUGUGCUGUUCUCUCAAACUCAGAUGAAUCUGAUUCAGAAACAGGCCAAUCACACACUGCAUACUCUGAACCAGAAUCAGGCAAACAGCAAGUAAAGAAAAAGAACAAAGCCCUACAAGUGCGUUUUAAGGACAUCUGCAAAGCUCAGAACGAGCAUCUGGGAAGACACUCACGAUCCAUUUCCUGCAAAGUAACCCACAGAAAGUACAUGACCAUGCCUGCCAGACGCUCUAUUCCAAAUGUGACCAAGAGCACUGGUGUUCAGACCUCCCCCGACCUCACUAUGCGAUACAAGACAUUCCCAUUUGAGAGAAAAAAAGGACAUACGUUUAAACAUACUGCUUUGGUAGAAGAUUACAAAGGACAAAACAAUGGGUUUUUGAGUGAUAUAAAAGCAGGAGGAGAGGAUGUACAAGCAACUAGGGAGACUUCUAAGUACAAGGGUAAGAUUGUAGGCCUGACAAAAGUCCUGCUUCACCACACUAAUGAUAGCAGCGACAUGGAUGAUUUGCUUUCCAGUGCCAACUGUGUGGAUGGACCCUCAUGUCCAGAGUCUUUACCUUUCAUGGACGAGAGCCAUCCAAGUGGAACUUCUAAAGAUGAACCUGAGUACCAGGUUUGUGGGAAAUAUACCAAACAUAAAGGAUUGUCCAAAGAAGACAAGGAUGGUAGCACUUCUUCAAAACGUCAACUGGUGGAUUCUGAGAUUUCACAAGACAAACCAAAGGGUCCAGUUGUAUGGAACUCACUGACACAUGUGGAGUCUAUAGAGAGCCCCUCUGGAAGCUGUAAACGGAAAAAGGGUACGCAGUUAAAUGAACAGCAAUCACAGACGUUUCCUCAUAGUGCCAAAUGUUCUGUGCAGUCGCAAGGGAAGUGUCGGACAAGGCAUUUGUCUGCUUCAUCAAAACUCCAGCAAUCAGUUGGGGUGGAAGGGAGCUUUCCACAAGGGGGUACAAAGGCCCCAGGCAUGGGGAGCAGCCAGCAAAUAUUGACCUCAUCUGGAGACAAAGAUAUCAAAGCACAGCUGGAGGCAAUGGAGAGUCUCAUCAACUCAAGCCAGGAGACCAUCAAGGUUCUUCUUGGAGUUAUUCAGGAGCUUGAGAAAGGUGAAGCGCAGAGAGAAGGGCUCUCCUAUAGAACAGGACAAGACACAGCAAAUUGUGAUACGUGUCGAAACAGCGCCUGCAUCAUUUACAGUGUUGAGCUAGACUUUAAACAGCAGGAGGAUAAGCUGCAGCCCCUGAUGAAGAGACUUUGCCCCAUGGACAGCAAACAAUGCCCUGCACUGCCUUAUGCCAAUGAAAUCUUCACAUCCACCCCAAAACGCAAGUCAAAGACGGAGUCCAAGAAGCAUGCACGCUGGAAACUCUGGUUCCUAUGA